UACAACUGGCUCCCCGCCCACUCUUGGGUGGACCCGCUCCCCAGGGCCACGGUGCGUGACCGUGCUUCCUAUGCCUCCUCAUCUGACGUAUUGGGCAGAGGUUGCUCGUGCGGUGGCAGGGGCUGGCCGGCCACCAACGGUUACCGUUGGCGUAAGGUAUGAACCAUGCUCUUCAACAGUGUGCAUCACAUGGGAUAAAAGCCUUAGUGUUGGAUUUGCGGCAGCCUUCCUUGUCAAGUUGUACAGUGCACCUGUGCGGAUACUAUACAUAUUGUCAUUUCCUGGGUUUGUUGAUCUGAUGGGGACUGUCCCUAUUUUUUUCUUUAAUCGAUAUAAAGCAGCAGACACACCGGGUAUUGACAUCCUUGUAUUCCUUCGGGUCUUGAGCUUGUUUGCGGUUCGCCGAAGGCUAGGCGUUGUGGGAAACACUGUAAGGCGCCGGAUUCUUCUGCUCACAGGAUCUGUGCUUGUCAUGGUUUUUGUCUUUGCUGGAAUAUUCCAAUGGAUUGAGAGGCGGAAAGUGUUUUCGGAGGAUUGUCGCGAAACUGAGUGUCCUGACUUCUACAAGUCUUUCUACUUCAUGAUCGUAACGGUAUCAACUGUCGGGUACGGUGACAUCACCCCCAAGACAUCACUCGGUCGUUGUGUGAUAAUGGUCACCAUUGCUGCAGCUCUGAUACUAGUGCCACAGGAAGUUGCCAAGAUAGUUGACUUGGCCUCCCGCCGGCCCUAUGGGGGCUCUUAUUCUCCAAGAGCUGUUACUGGGACACGAUUUGUUAUACUGAGUGGAAGCAUUCCUUACCAGAGUUUGCGCAACUUUCUCGCAGAGUUCUACCACCCAGUUCUUAAUGCAGACCUGGCAGCAUUCCCUCUGAAGGUGGUUGUAAUGGGACCGCACAAGCCAUCGUUUCAAGUGCGGACAUUGCUUUCUUCAUAUGAUCAUCAUGUACGCUUCAUGGAAGGUUCCCCGAUGGAGGAGGCUGACUUGGAGCGAGUCAGUGCCAAGGUGGCUACUGCAUUCUAUCUUCUUGCUGCCAAGAAUACAGAGGAUUUUGCAGCCGAAGAUUCUGCGCAAAUGGCCCGUGCCCUCUGUGUCAGUAAGUUCUGUGGCCCUAAUGUUAGAGUACUGGUGGAGUUGCGGGAUCCUGAAAGCCUGGAUAGUCCUUUCUGGAGAGAUAACAGCAACAUAGAGCUAUUGUGUCCUGAGGAAUUGCGACUUAAACUACUUGCUCGGAGUUGCCAUGUUCGAGGAAUUUCAACACUUGUGUGCAGUUUAUUUGUUUCUGCGCUUGCAUUUCGACCUGCGGAGGAAAACUGUUGGCUCGACGAGUACUACAAUGGACUGGAGAAGGAGAUUUACCCAGUUCUUCUUCCAAAGAUCUUCACAGGCAUGGAAUUUGCGCAGGUUGCGCGUACUGUCUAUAAGGAAUUUGAAGCACUCCUGAUUGGACUGGAUGUCGACAAUGAGGAUGGCGAGGGCCGUGUCUUGCUGUUGAAUCCCACAGGGAGGAUAGUGCAAGGCAAGGAUGUUGGUUUAGUCAUCGCUGAAAGCUUGGAGGUUGUGAUCCAGAUCUCCGCUUUUCAGGAAGACGAUGAGAAGCUGUUCAGCACAUGUCAUUGCCUGAGAAAACUUCGAUUUUGUCGUUGCUUCUCCACAGACCGCCGAGGCUCGUUGCAGGAACAAUUGAUCGAGGAGAUGGAGGCGAAGUCGCAGAAAAGAGGAUCAGCGACCAGCAAUAGUUGGGGCAACUGGGAGCUGAAGUCGGGACAGCAGUUACGCACCCUACCACAGAGAUCGAUGAUCGGUCAUCUUGCGCCAAAACGACGCCACGAAAGCGGUGCAAGCUGCAUGGGUAACAGACGGUCAGUGGGAUUGCCAAACAUGUGCAUGCCCAUGAAGAGUAAGAAUACAGUCAAUGAAGGCGUGUUUGACAUCGUAUGUCCUCGUGAACACAAUAUGAUAACCAAGAACGACAGUCGUGAUGGAACUGCUGCCGAAGCAGCUUCAUUCGAUGGACUCGUUGGUGGUGCUGAGUCCACAGUUACACAGCAGGAAUGUCCUAUCGACCAUCAGUCGGAGAUUGCCGACAGCAUUGUUGACAUGAUGUUACAGUGGCCCCCGGUCUACGUGCCGGGCAAACCAAAGCCAUCCGUGCUUGAAUUCAAUCAGGAGAAGAUAGCCGCAAAUCUGCAGGAAAGGACGCGGAGUCAUAUCUCCACUGACGAAGCACAUGUUUUGGUCUGUUGUGAGGGGAAAUGGCCACGCAACCUUUUCUACUUCAUUGAACACUUCAGAAUCCCAGGUCUUCCCAACCCACCAAUCGUCAUCCUCUCGCCAAAUAAGCCAUCAACUGAACAGUGGGGAUCCAUUGGGCUCUUCAAGGAUGUUUUCUACAUCAAAGGGUCUGGGACUUUUGACGUCGACUUGCAUAGAGCUCGCAUCCUUCAGGCAGAGCACACCGUUGUGUUUGGAGAGGAUUUCUCGCUUGAUGGAGGGGCAGACAUGGCAGCAGAUGGGGAGGUGGUGAUGAACCCAAAGACGCAUGCAAUGGAGGUUACCAAUUCUUUGGUUGUUACAAAUGUGGAGAGAUGGGUGGGCGAAUAUGGGAACAGCAAAGUCAUCGGAGAGAUGAUGUACAAUCAGAGCUUCCGCUACUUGAAACCAAUGUACCAGAUUCAUCCGCAAACGGAGGCGAUGAUGUCCAAGCGGAAAAUGCGAGAUGCUCGGUUCUUAUUCCUCCCUUGCUAUGCAGAGGGCAAGGGGUUCCCGUCCUCCAUGAUCGAUGACGUAGUUCUGUCUUCAUCGUUCACCAUCAGGAACACAGCUAACUUAAUUCUGCAGUUCUUGGAAGGCGGAAAGAUUGCAGGACGGACGGACGCAAUUCAGCUGCUUGAUAUGAUGCCUGUCCCCCAUGCAUGGGAUGGGCUUGCCUAUGGGGAGGUUUUUUGUAUCUUGCUUCACGAAGCUGGUAUGCUUUCGGUGGGGUUGUAUAGGGCAGCAGGGACUCUCGGAUCACCCACCGCGUACGUCUAUACGAGCCCGCGGGUGAACACAAUCGUGCGAAAAGAGGACUACUUGUACGUUUUCCGAGAGGCGAGGAACGAUGCCGCUGCACCCGACAACACAGCACCGGGAGAGGGGCACGCAGCAGAGUCGGAGAAUCAAGACAGGUUUCGCAGGUUCACGGCACAUCACAAAGAACCGCUCACAACCACGCCCAAAAACAUGGAGGGAGAGCAAGCAGGGAGGGAAGCAAGAGGCGAGGAGGGGAAACAACAGGGAAGAGCAAGGGGCGAAGAGGGCAAGCACCGGGAGAGGGGCACGCAGCAGAGUCGGAGAAUCAAGACAGGUUUCGCAGGUUCACGGCACAUGACAAAGAACCGCUCACUACCACGCCCAAAAACAUGGAGGGAGAGCAAGCAGGGAGGAGAGCGGACAACGGGGGAGAGCGAGGGUCGAGGAGGGAAAACAGUUGGGGGAGGGGAGGGGCACGCAGCACAGUCUGAGAACGAAGACAGGUUUACGAUCACACCCAAGAACAUGGGAGGCAGAUCAAGGGUCGAGGAGGAAAAACAGUGGGCGAGGGGCAUGCGGCGCAGUCGGAGAAUCAACACAGGUUUCACGGGUUCGCGGCACGUGACCAAAAACCGCUCACGACCACAACCAAAAAUGUGAAGGUAGUCAUGGGUACAAGAGCCUAUAGUCAUGGGUACAAGAGCCUAUGGAGAGAAGAGGUACAGUGACAAAUAUCUGGAGAAGUGUAGGGAGGACAGCAGCGUACCUGGAGUUCGAACUCAGUGUACGCCCGCUCGGCGCCCGAUGAGCAACGGUGUUUGUGAAGAGACAAAUAGCUGACGACCGUCAACCUAUUUCACAGCAGAGGGUAAUAUCCAGAACUGCAGUGUCUUGCCGAUCUGCUUCCAGUGGAGUUUGAACUCAGCACCUGGUCUGUAUUUCAGCAACAGUUCAUGGACAGAGGGUAUAUAUACACUUUGUUGGGCGGAGAGCACCCUGACAUGCGGCAAAGUUAUUAACAAGAGGCUACGCUGGGCGGAGAACAACCUGGCGUGGUGAAUCUACCGUCACAGCUGAGACAACUGCACCACUGGGUGGAAAGACUCAUGGUCAGCUUGAACCAACUGGCAACUGCAGCUUUCCCAGUGUGGGAAAGAGGGGGGGGUGCGCUCUUGGUAUUUAUUUAGAGGCUCUGCAGAAAUCAUCAUGGUGAAGGGUGGCACAUUUUUUGGGUGCAGUCUCCAUGUGAUGUGUGUCGGUCCCUCUUGUAUAAUGAGUAAGUUUGCCCCGGGUACUUGUGAUGGAAAAACAGGACACAUACGAGGGAAAGAAAGGGAGCAUUCCCUGCUUGGGUGGGGUGGGGGGCUAUGCCCAACCAUGAUUGGUCAAGACUGCAUGCACACAUACCACCCCUCAAUAUAUAAUCAGAACGCGUUGGGGGGGAACGAGGCUGUCCGUCCACGACUUUCAGGACGGUUUUCAGUAGUGUACCCCCCUAGCUACCCACCUGUAUGAAGCAGUGCAGUACUUGCUCAAAGGAUGCUGCUGCUGCUCAAGUUUUGCACCAUGUAAGAGCUGUCUCUUAUACACAUCUAGAUGUGUAUAAGAGACAGAUGCUGGCAGGAGCACACCACAUUUUGAAAUCUGUAUAAGGGACGCUGGACCCGCUUUCCAGCAGGUGACGCUCCCCACCAAUAGAUGGAGCCUCUCCCCAGGUGCUAGUGGUGUCUGCUCCUAUCAGCACCGCUAGCACACUGUACAGUGCUGCACCAGACCAACCACCCCUGGAAUCUAGGAGUGAUUGGUUAUUAACUUGUUGCAACUUAUUUGGACUUUGAAGUUUCGAAGUCGGUUCAUUUGCUCGAUCCACAAUCGCCACGAUUUAUGAAUGUA